UGCAAGAAUUACAAAAAAUGCCACUGUCCCGAGCCUUUAUCCACGUUCCUGAACUUCCUGUCCUUGUCGGUCUUUGAUGUACUCUCCUGCUCUGUUACUUUCUCAAUCCUUCUCCCGCUUCUCUUUCUUUAUGCGUUCGUUCAAAGUGCAAACCGCGUCUUACGGGGGCUUUUUGGUCAUUUCCUUCCUCUAGAACCUUCCCCUUUCGGAACGGUUUUGUAAUGACCUGAUCACUGUACUUUUGUUGCAGAAAAGUAAGUAAUGGAGGACAACAGCGAAGAGAAAUUGAUAGAGGUGGCGCGUCACAUAGCCAAGACACUAGGCCACAACGAGUCCAUGACUGAUGAUAUUUUGCAGAUUUUUUCCAAGUUCGACGGUAGGUUCUCUCGCGAUAAGUUGUCGGAGAAAAUGUCCGGAGCUGCCGGUGACGAUUUGAGAGCCCGUGCCUCUCUCGAACAGACCCUUGAGUCUUUGGAACGUCAGAUCUCUCAGUUCGUGGUCGCCGAGCAUCCGAUUUGGUCUGAUUCCGUUGAUUCAUCUGCCUUCCUUGACUCCAUCGACGAAUUGAUCGCCACGUUUCGAUACUGGAAUCCCAUGGCCAACGCGGAUCAAUCCAUCGGCGCGUGUUUGGUACGCGCCGAGGACUUCAUGCAGCAAGCAAUUUUUCGGCUGGAGGAGGAGUUCAGGCUCUUGAUGGAACGUGGUUGCGAGUCGUUUGAACUGGCGAGGCCGUAUGGCAACGGAGAUUCAACGGAAAACGUAUUGUUUGACUCUGAUGACGACGACGAAGCGAUUAUCACCAACGGUGAGGAUCACAAUCAGAUUCCUGUGGCGCAACCGCUUACCCGCUACGAUAUUGUGAUCGACGCGCUUCCGUCCGGGACGAUCAACGAUCUUCAUGAGAUCGCUAAGCGAAUGGUUGCCGCCGGUUUUGGCAAAGAGUGCUCACACGUUUACAGUGGCUGCAGAAGAGAGUUUCUGGAAGAAAGCAUGUCGAGGUUAGGGAUGCAGAAAUUGAGUAUAGAGGAGGUUCAGAGAAUGCCAUGGCAAGACCUUGAGGACGAAAUUGAUAAGUGGAUUAAAGCAGCAAAUGUCGCGCUUCGUAUACUCUUCCCAAGCGAGCGUCGCCUAUGCGAUCGAGUGUUUUUUGGGUUCUCAUUUGCAGCUGAUUUAUCGUUUAUGGAGGUGUGUCGGGGAUCCACGAUUCAGAUUCUGAACUUUGCUGACGCAGUGGCCAUCGGAAGCCGGUCACCGGAGCGGUUGUUUAAGAUUCUGGAUUUAUUUGAGACGUUGAGAGACUUAAUGCCUGAUUUUGAGUCUAAUUUCUCUGACCAGUACUGUUUAGGUCUUAGGAAAGAUGCCGUUGCAAUAUUGAAGAGGUUGGGGGAGGCGAUAAGAGGAAUAUUUAUGGAGCUGGAGAAUUUGAUCCGGCGUGACCCCGCCAAGGCUCCAGUGCCUCGUGGUGGGUUACAUCCCAUCACACGGUACGUGAUGAAUUAUCUACGUGCUGCUUGUCGAUCCAGACAGACGCUGGAACAAGUUUUUGAGGAGAACGUUAAUCUCCUUCCAUCUAAGGAUUCGUCUUCCUCCUCCUCAUUGUCAGUUCAAAUGGCAUGGAUUAUGGAGCUAUUAGAGAGUAAUUUACAGAUGAAGUCGAAGAUUUACGGAGACUCUGCCUUAUGCUCUGUUUUCAUGAUGAAUAAUGGAAGGUACAUUGUCCAAAAAGUUAAUGAUAGUGAAUUGGGUUCUCUUCUGGGUGAUGAUUGGAUCAGGAAACACACUGCAAAAAUCAAGCAAUUUCAGAUGAGUUAUCAGCGAAGCUCAUGGAAUAAGGCUUUGGGAAUGUUGAAAGCAGAUAAUGGCUCUGCAGCUCCUAAUGUCGCAGGGAAGUCCUUGUCUAUGAAAGACAAGAUGAAGUUCUUUAAUUCCCACUUUGAGGAGACUUUCAAAACUCAAUCCCACUGGAUCAUAUUUGAUGAGCAGCUAAGAAAGGACUUGAGGAUCUCUUUGGCCAACUUCUUGCUGCCAGCAUAUGGAAACUUUAUUAGAAGGCUCCAGAAUUCUCCAGAAGUUGGGAAGCAUGCUGACAAGCAUAUUAAGUAUACUGUGGAGGACAUAGAAGCCCAUAUUAAAGAUUUGUUCCAGGGAGAUGGUGGAUCAGCUGGAAGCAGAAAGUAAAGGUAAGCUGCUGCUUGUUCCAUUAACGUGUUUGAACUUUAGUAAAGUCUGAAUUUUCGUGUUUAAUGUAUAUAGUUAAGAUUAAUGUUUCUUUUAUUUCGCCUUUCCUCUUCUGUGAAUGAAAAUUACAGAUAGGUACCAUGAUCAAUCAGCUUGUUAUCCUACUUCUGAGAUGAAUUAUAUUUUUGUUCUAUGCCUUCUAUGAUAAAUGUUAUUAUAUAAUUAGAUUUAGUUA